CGCCGCACUCUCGUCUCAACACGGAGUUACCGGUGCAACAAGCAGCUUUUUGUGCGGAGUUUACCCACUAAGUACGCGAGGCAGGAGUUCCAGAUCUACUUGACUGGAAAAAGAUCGAAAGAUUUGGUCCGUCCAUCUUCAAGUGUUUUUGUGCACGUUGAAGCUUCGCAGCCUAGUUAUCUUAGCAUAGCUUAGCUUGCGAACAGAACAACGUGGUUCGACGCUUGAACAUCAAGUUGGAGCCUCCUAUAGUGUGCAAAAUGAGCGCAAGAAGGACGCCAGCCACAAAGUUCGAGGCGGAACUUUUUGGCGCAAAAGAUCAGCGUCAACAUCAACUAUCGGCUGCCUGCAAAAUGCAAGUCAAAGUUGUUCUUCGCAGACUAUCAGGUUUCAGCAAAUAUCUUGGUCCUGAGUGGCAGGGGUCUGAGUCUCCUGGCAUUCAAGAGGAAGUUGAGCACCCGCAAAUGAAACAGGGAGAGCCAGAACACCCUCAACAGCAAAAGAGAGAAGUACAACUGGCAAUCAAAAAGGAGGAGGUAGAGUUGCCAUACGUUAAAGAGGACGAUUUCACCAUGUCCGCUGGUGAGACCUUGAAUAGCGAGUAUGGUCCGAGUGAGCCCAGCAGAGGGACGGAGCCUCCAAGCAGCAGCUCAAAAGAUGGAUUGAAAGCACACAUUUUCAUCGCACCAUCAGAUGGAAAUGGUGCCACGUCACACUCACCUUACAAAGAUGAUGGUCAUAAGAAAUCUCACUGUGUGGAAACCUUUGCUAAUAACUAUACUUGUCAUUUGCAUAUGAAGAGCCACACUGGUGAAAAUCGUCUAGUCUGCUCAUUUUGUGGUCAAAAAUUCACUCAGAAGAGCAGCUUAAACAGACACAAAAGAACCCACACUGGUGAAAACCCUUUUUCCUGCUCAGUUUGUGGUCGAGGUUUCGCUGCAAAGCGUAACUUACGAAUACACACAAGAACUCACACUGGUGAAAAACCUUUUCCCUGCUCAGUUUGUGGUCAAAGAUUCAGUCGAAAGGGACACUUAAACAGACACACAAGAACCCACGCUGGUGAAAAACCUUUUCCCUGCUCAGUUUGUGGUCAAAGAUUCAGUCGAAAGGGACACCUAAACAGACACACAAGAACCCACACUGGUGAAAAACCUUUUCCCUGCUCAGUUUGUGGUCAAGGAUUCAGUCAUAUGAGUAGUUUAAAAGUCCACACAAGAACCCACACUGGCGAAAAACCUUUUUCCUGCUCAGUAUGUGGUCAAGGAUUCAGUAAUAAGAGUGCCUUAAUAGUACACUCAAGAACCCACACUGGCGAAAAACCUUUUUCCUGCUCAGUUUGUGGUCAAGAAUUCAUUUAUAAGAGUGCCUUAAAAGUACACACAAGAACCCACACUGGUGAAAAACCUUUUUCCUGCUCAGUUUGUGGUCAAGGAUUCAGUCAUAUGUGUAGUUUAAAAGUCCACACAAGAACCCACACUGGCGAAAAACCUUUUUCCUGCUCAGUAUGUGGUCAAGGAUUCAGCAAUAAGAGUGCCUUAAUAGUACACUCAAGAACCCACACUGGCGAAAAACCUUUUUCCUGCUCAGUUUGUGGUCAAGGAUUCAGUCAUAUGAGUAGUUUAAAAGUCCACACAAGAACCCACACUGGCGAAAAACCUUUUUCCUGCUCAGUUUGUGGUCAAGGAUUCAGUCAUAUGAGUAGUUUAAAAAUCCACACAAGAACCCACACUGGCGAAAACCCUUUUUCCUGCUCAGUAUGUGGUCAAGGAUUCAGUAAUAAGAGUGCCUUAAUAGUACACUCAAGAACCCACACUGGCGAAAAACCUUUUUCCUGCUCAGUUUGUGGUCAAGGAUUCAGUCAUAUGAGUAGUUUAAAAGUCCACACAAGAACCCACACUGGCAAAAAACUUUUUUCCUGCUCAGUUUGUGGUCAAGGAUUCACUCAAAUGCAACACUUAAAAGUACACACAAGAACCCACACAGGUGAAAAACCUUUUUCCUGCUCAGAUUGUGGUCAAAAAUUUGCUCGCAAGGAUCGGAUUAAGAGACACGUGUGUAUUGGUGUGAGAAGCAGUGGCCAAUGACUGUUUUGUUUGUCAUACAUACUACCUUCAUUAGAUUGUGCACGCAGGUCAAUUGUAGUUUGUUGAGUUUCCUCAAAUCCUGUUGAAGAUGGGCAGUACCGGUGCCUUACAUUCAAUUCAAUUUUAUUUGUGUAGCCCUGGAUCACAUCAAAAUUGUCUCAAAGGGCUUUGCAGAGGCAAUAUGAUACACAAUCAGAAACAGCAAAUGAAGCAACAUGUGAUUUGUCCAAACCUUGUAUGACGUGGAUCCACACGGUUGCCAAAAAUAUUGGCUUACCUGAUUUAACUCUCAAGUUGAGUGGCAUUAUUUAUAUAAUACUCGCCCUCUUUGAAACUACACUUUUCACAGCUAAUAUUUGAAAUAGUAGACCCCAAAUUACAACAUUUCUAAAUCAUUCAUCAAUAGUAUAAUUACAUAAAGAUGCAAAAUUAUGAUUGGCUCACAAUUAUUUUUUUGGGGCGGGCGAUUAUGAUUUAAAAAGGUACUAUUACUACUCUUGACUGACAGUGACUGUUACGACAGAGUAUUGGGGACAAAUAGAGGGAGGGGAAAAAAUGAUGGCAUUUUACUCUUACUCCAAGGAAAAAGUCGGAUUAUUACGUAGGAGUAAUGUAACUGAAUAAGGGGCUACAUACUUUAGGUACACGUACCUUAGCUGGGAGCUCCGACAAAGUAUUCGUACAAAUCCUUCGAUUGAUUAAAAUUUGAUGUAGAUGAGCUAAAAGGUAACGGAUUUCCUUAUUUUGAAAACUGAUUCUAAAACACAGCUUCACGGGAUGCUUUCAUUAUUGUUAACUUUAGUGGAGGGGGCAAAGUGCUUCAGAAAGUACGCGGCUACUUAUUCAGCUACAUUACCCCUACGUAACAGGACGACUUUUUUUCCCCGUAGUAACAGUACGACUAUGAUCUCGUAUUCCUCAUUCUUUAUUUUGGCCUAGUACUUGUACAAAUUGGACAAUGGUUAUUAAAAUUUUGGUUUUAAUCAUUCCGGCUUCACUCGAUUUAAAAUCUCUCGACUCUGCUUCAAAUUUUAAAGGGCUUGUACUUAAAUUUUAUUCAUUAUACACAACUUGUUUUUAUUCAGUCCUAGCCUCCCCUUCCCUUUGUUCAGAACAAGCCUACUUACAAUUCUAAUAUUAAAAUUCAAAACUGGGUUGUUACUAAAACCGAUACUUUGUUACCAAGUCGAUUCUAAGAUUCAGAAAAUGUGACAGGACUGCGUUUUUUGCAAUACCGAAGUACCGCCGUUACAGACGCAGCAGAUCUGGCCGCUUCUUUUGUGUGGCAUACGAGGCGACACAAGUUGCUGGAAAAGCAGUCAUUUACACCGCUAAAAUGGGGGUUGUAAAUAGGGCUGCAGCUAUCGAAUAUUUUAGUAAUUGAGUAAUCGACUGAAAAUUCUAUCGAUUAAUCGGAUAAAACAAAUAUAUUUUUAGGUGAAGAGCAAUUAUAAAUAUACAUGAGAAAACAAGACAUUUCAUCUAAUCUUGAACCAUUUUCAGUCAAUCAAUGUCUUUAUUUUCGAUGUAUAUUGUUGAAAACAGCCAACAAUUGCAUCUCAGAUGUAACUAGAAUAAAAAAAAAGACUAAUUCACUGCUUUCACUC